AUGGCAAUCCACUCAAAGGAAAAGGCCAUCCAUCAUCACCACCGUCCGCUCGGUUUCUGGCCUCCUGGUCAUCGCAAAAGGGUCCUGCAAUCAGUGGCUAGCAAGGCUGAUGAGGUAAAGCGGGCCGACCAUGUCCCUCUAGAUCCGACUCGGGUAGCUUUCCAGCAAGUCGUCAACGACACACCAUCCCUCAAAGAGCGUGCCAAUAAAAUGUUCACAGAAUCCUCAAACCACUUCGACCCAACUGAGCGGCCUGCAAUCACCAAUUUCAACCAGUUUCUUCACGUAGUGAACAGCAUCAUCACCACUGGUCCUCCCUUUUACGACAAGGACGAGACCGCCAUGGGUCUUCUUGGGUUCCCAAUCAACGCUGUACUUGACUGGCCCAUGGGAACGCUAUCCGGAGUCGAAUUUUGGCUUCAUUCAGCAGCCAAUGCUUCGUUCAAAUGCGUGCUCAAUACCUGGGGCAGUUGGUUGAAAUCGAAUAAGUCACAGAGCGGCUUGAAAGAUUGGCUGUCACCCGAUGCCCUGGGUCUUCUAGCCAACGCAGCGCUUGGUAAAGAUUUCUCGUCCAUCUUCGAAUGCGAUCCCAGUCAACCUUACUACGGGUUCGACUCAUGGGAUGAUCUUUUCACGCGGGAGUUCAAGGAGGGACAACGCCCCGUGUUUCGUCCAUAUUUCCAGCCUUUUGCCGACGGCGACCCCGACCCAUCAUUGUUCAUCACCAAUGCUUGUGAGUCGGCUCCACUUCAAGUUGCCUACAACGUCCAACUAUUCGACAACUUCUGGCUCAAAGGGCAACCUUAUUCUCUUGUUAAUACGUUGAACAACAACUCGAAAGCCUCACAGUUUGUUGGUGGGACAGUAUACCAAGCAUUCUUAAGUGCUAGGAGUUACCACCGAUGGCAUGCCCCUAUUAGCGGCAAGGUGGUAAACAUCGAGCAAGUUCCAGGCACCUACUAUGCAGAGAACUACUUUGAAGGGCUUGCGGGUAACCCUAAUGGCCCCGAUCCAGCCGCUCCGAACUAUUCGCAGCCAUACAUUAGUGCUGUCGCUACCAGGGGCAUCAUCUACAUCGAGGCGGAGAAUUCCAAGAUCGGGCUCAUGGCUAUCGUUUUUAUUGGAAUGGCUGAAGUAUCUUCUUGCGAAUUCACCGUCAAGCCUGGCGAUACCAUCCACAAAGGGCAGCAGAUUGGCAUGUUUCACUUCAGAGGAAGCUCUCAUUGCAUGGUCUUCCGACCGGGGGUUGAAAUGACCUUUGAGCCUCCGCCGAAAGAUUGGAACAUGGAUACGGAGAAGAACAACAAAGUCAACAGCUUGCUAGCGAAGAUUCACCAGUCGUCGGAAGAAAGAAUGUUUUUUCUUUGA